CGCGCCAGCUCAUUAGACACGUGAAGAGCACAUCACGUUACCUCAGGUACAUGCAGCACCAUUGAGAAGCGACUCUCAACUUCCCCACCCUCAGACUCCUCAACGGGCCCGGUGCUAAUCUUGAGCGCGGCGUCUUGCGGGAGUGAAUCCGGGGUGCGGGGAAAAUGUUGUUGUUACCCACCAAGCUACCUGAAAUGUGGCUGACUCACCCUCCUCUUGGGAUCCUCAGUUCUUGAGUGCGCUCUUUUCAUGGUACUCUUUCAAGACGGCGGGCGUUCAAUUCUUCGGCGGCCGACGGAGAUUUCGACGAGAAUAUACAGUGGCUCUCCGGGGAGAAGUCUCGAGAUCCCGCGGACGAUCUCGGAACUGGCUAUAAUUCCGCGAUUAUAUUCUGCCGGACACGCCGGCCUGCUUGGUGUUGGCAAGUUGACGUAACGGGGUUCAUGAGCUCGUUAGGGCAGAGGUGCAGGGAUUCUACAUACAGUUGCAGUCUUUUCAUCCCCUUUACUCCGCUAGGGAUUGACGGACCUUCAGCG